CUCUUAUCUUUAUCUCUGUUUGCAUGAUUUAGAUCAUUUUCUAGCCUCGGUUUUUUCUCUAUCACCAUGCUUCGUACUAGGUCUAUCGCUUUUGUCAAGUCUUUGGGCAUAUCCAAAUCAAUAGGCUUGCGUUCAUUUGCUUCGCUUACUGAGGAAUUUAGUGGAAAGAAGAAUGACAACGGUAAUUAUACUGUUACACUCAUACCCGGUGAUGGAAUUGGUCCGGAAAUUUCGGAUUCGGUUCAACGAAUAUAUAAGGCAGCUGGAGUUCCAAUUGAUUGGGAACCAGUAAAUGUUACACCUGAAUUAAGGAAUGGAAGAACGGUAAUUCCUGAGGAAGCAUUAAAUUCUGUGAAAAAAAAUACUAUCGCUUUAAAAGGUCCUUUGGCCACGCCUAUUGGAAAGGGACAUGUUUCUCUUAACCUUACCCUUCGUCGUAUAUUUAAUUUAUUUGCCAACGUUCGACCUUGUAAAUCCGUUGUUGGUUACAAAACACCUUAUGAUGAUGUAAAUACGGUAUUGAUUCGUGAAAAUACAGAAGGGGAAUAUUCCGGAAUUGAACAUACUGUCGUAGAUGGUGUCGUUCAAUCAUUCAAAUUGAUUACCAGAGAUGCAUCUGAGAGAUGUGCCCGCUAUGCUUUUACUCAUGCAAGAGACAUUGGACGUAAUCGCGUUACUGCUAUACACAAAGCAAACAUUAUGAAAUUAUCGGAUGGUCUUUUUCUGGAAGCUUGUAACGAUGUGGCGAAGGAUUUUCCCGAUAUCCAAUUUGAUGAUGUGUUGCUGGAUCGAGCAUGUCUUCAUAUUGUCCAAGAUCCUUCUCGAUAUUCAAGCACAGUUAUGGUUAUGCCUAAUUUAUAUGGAGACAUUUUAUCAGAUAUGUGUGCUGGAUUAAUUGGGGGACUUGGAUUGACUCCAUCAGGAAAUAUUGGACGGGAUGCUUCGAUUUUCGAAGCAGUACACGGUACAGCACCUGAUAUUGCUGGCAAAGAUUUAGCGAAUCCCACAGCGCUUCUAUUGUCUUCUAUAAUGAUGCUUCGUCAUAUGCACUUAAAUCCUUAUGCUGACUCUAUUGAAAAAGCUGUUUUAGAUACAAUUGCUGAAGGAAAGGUUCUCACGCGUGAUCUCGGUGGAAAGGCAUCCAAUACGGAAUUUACCAACCAAAUUAUCAAUAAUUUAAAAAAUUAGUUUUAAUCAAAUGUUAAUAUAUUUAAAUCUAAAUUAUUUUUUAAUCUAAAAAAAAAUAAAAAAUUAUAUAUAUAUUUUUUUUAAU